GAGAGAGAGAGAGAGAGGGAGAGGGAGCGAGCUAUCUCUAGCUACGCCUUCCUCUAAGCUCCGGGAGCCCAGGAGAGCGCUCAUUUUAGGAUUUGGGAGAGGGGUAAAAAGAGGAAAGGCGGCCCCCGCUCUGCGCUGGCCUUGCUGCCCCGGGGAGGGAGGACUCUGGCCCGCGCCCCCCUCCUGGCGGGCGGCCCUGGGAGCCGGGGAGCACGCGGAGCGGGCGGCGCAGGGAGCUGUCCGGUUCAGCACCACCCGUAAUGCAGUAGGUGGGAGCGCCUCCGCGGGGGCCCAGCCGGCAGCGAGUGGGGGGCAGGCGCGCGGCCCACCCUGCAGCAAGACGCCGGCUCCCUCGUUUCAAGGAGCUUUGCAGAUAGGGGGAGGGAAACCCGCCUCGAUUCUCCGGGAGAAACCCCCUCUCUCCCCCACUUCGCCAACACUACCCCCGCCACCAACAACAAUAACCGCCGCCGCUGCUCGUCCUGCUGCCGCCGCCGCCGCCGCGCCUGCCCGCCCUGCCGCCGCCGCCGCCGCCGCCGCCGCCGCUGCCCGGGCAAAACCAUGGCAAGCGAGACCCCCGCACCUGUGCAGCUGAGCUCAAGGGCUUACAGAAUACUGAGAAGUCUGGUCUGAAACGAAAGCGCCGAGACCCCCCAAGGAAGAGAACUGGAGAAGCAAAGGAUUUUCAUGGCGCAGGCCGCAGAGCCGAGAACGAAGACCGAAGGUUGCAUCUCGGCUCUUACAAUCUCUAACUGUCUAGGUCCCGACCAUGAGAAAUGGUGUUGAGAAUUCGGCUGUUCCCUGGUUCACUGUGGAAGCCAUCUCCAAAUUAACUAUCACAUAUGGAAACUGGAGACCAGAAUUUUAGAAAAAGAGAUUAAGGCAUCUCACUUGGGGGGGUGGGGGGUGUCUUUUUAUUUUUUUUCCUUUUUUAAAAAAAAAAAAAAACACUGCAACUGGAACAGUUUCUGAUCUCAAAAGGCAAGCCUCUUCCCGUGUGAUCUUUAUAAUUUACACUCUUUUCCGUGAGCUUUCUUACCUCCCUUUUUUUAUAACUCUCCAUAUUCUCUAUUCAUACAUAUAUCCAUUAUAUUAGUAGUGGAAUAAUUUUUAUUUUUAUUUAUUUUUUUUUUUGGCUUUAGUACUUGCACCCUCACACACACUCUCCCGAGAACCAGAAGUCGGUUGGGUGUUUAUAUAAUGAAGAAUUAUGGGGCUGUUUGAUCGAGGUGUUCAAAUGCUUUUAACCACCGUUGGUGCUUUCGCUGCCUUCAGCCUGAUGACCAUAGCUGUGGGAACCGACUAUUGGCUCUACUCCAGAGGGGUUUGCAAGACCAAAAGUGUCAGUGAGAAUGAAACCAGCAAAAAGAACGAGGAAGUUAUGACCCAUUCCGGAUUAUGGAGAACCUGCUGCCUAGAAGGGAAUUUCAAAGGUCUGUGCAAGCAAAUCGAUCACUUCCCAGAGGAUGCAGAUUAUGAAGCUGACACAGCAGAAUAUUUCCUCCGGGCCGUGAGGGCCUCGAGCAUUUUCCCGAUUCUGAGUGUGAUUCUGCUUUUCAUGGGUGGCCUUUGCAUCGCAGCCAGCGAGUUCUACAAAACUCGACACAACAUCAUCCUGAGUGCCGGCAUCUUCUUCGUGUCUGCAGGUCUGAGUAACAUCAUUGGCAUCAUAGUGUACAUAUCUGCCAAUGCCGGAGACCCCUCCAAGAGCGACUCCAAAAAGAAUAGUUACUCAUACGGCUGGUCCUUCUACUUCGGGGCCCUGUCCUUCAUCAUCGCCGAGAUGGUCGGGGUGCUGGCGGUGCACAUGUUUAUCGACCGGCACAAACAGCUGCGGGCCACGGCCCGCGCCACGGACUACCUCCAGGCCUCUGCCAUCACCCGCAUCCCCAGCUACCGCUACCGCUACCAGCGCCGCAGCCGCUCCAGCUCGCGCUCCACGGAGCCCUCACACUCCAGGGACGCCUCCCCCGUGGGCAUCAAGGGCUUCAACACCCUGCCGUCCACGGAGAUCUCCAUGUACACGCUCAGCAGGGACCCCCUGAAGGCCGCCACCACGCCCACCGCCACCUACAACUCCGACAGGGAUAACAGCUUCCUCCAGGUUCACAACUGUAUCCAGAAGGAGAACAAGGACUCUCUCCACUCCAACACAGCCAACCGCCGGACCACCCCCGUAUAAAGACCGCGGGCCUCGCCAGAAGACCGCGGGAGGAGGGCGCGGUCCCCGGGGGCGGGGUGGGGCGGGGGGACCCAGACCAUGGGCUGGGAGACCUUCCAAAAGCAAAAACAAACAACAAAAAAACAAAAAAACAAAAAACGAAAAAACUCUCACACACACACAAAAAAAGAGAAAAACAUAACAAGUAAAUUUUAAAAAAAAGAACAAAAUAUAAGAGGAACAAAGAAGCAAAACAACAGGAAAUGUGGGAAAAUAUAAACGAGGGAAGAAAAACAAACUUUAAAAAAAAAGCGAGAGGGAUAAAAAAUUAAAAAUAGAAAAUAAAUCUAAAAGAAAAUGCAUGAUUUCCCAUGUACCAUUAUUUUAACAUUUAAUAAAAAUCAAUUUAAAUGAAAAAAUAAAAGGGAACCAAGAUAACAUUAAAGCAAAAAAAAUGAGAACAGAAAGGAAAGGGGAUGUCCUUUGUAUUUUUCAGGGUUUACGUUACUUUUUUCUUUUUUUAACGCGGGGAGAGUUACUUUUCUGUUCCCUUUAACCCCCAGCGGGCCCUGCCUCCCUGGGAGAGUGGGGGGCGAGACUCAGGGGCCCUGGGGCCAGGUGAGCCUGCAGUCACUGCCAGGUCCCUGGAGCCCCUGGGUGGGUGCCCCAGGAACGCCAGGAAGGCUCAGGGCUCGAGCCGGCUCCGCCUAGCAUUGAUGGGGCAACUGUAGGCCUCCAGGUGACCGAGCCCUUGUCCCUCCUCUCCGUUAGGGUGCCUGGAGGGGGGUACACUUGGGGCUUGCCUGGCUCCAGGUUCCCAGUCCUUAAUGCUCCUUAACCCACUGUGAUGACUUCCUAGGCCUUGAGGAAAGGGAAGGAGAGGGGAGGCUGCCGGUGGCUUACCAAGAUGCCGGAAACCCCAGAAUCCUCAGGGUGAGCCUCUUGGGGUCAUGUCCCCAAGCUCCUGUCCUUGGGGUCAGGAGAUGCCCACCCCCCGGGGGACAUGAAACAGCUCUCCCUCCUCACCCCUCACCUCAGGGCCACCUGAUGACCCUGGGGCGAUGGUGGACCCCCUGACUCAUAAGCCCCCCAGUCCCCUGGGAAGGGGGUUCAUUGACCCUUUGGGGGUCCUUGGACUCACUGAUGCCCCCUUGGGGCCCAGCGGGUUCAACAAUGACACUGCAAAAAGGUUUCUUUUUACAAAAGAAAAAGGAAAAACAAGUGGUGAUUUUUUUUAAUAAAAAAACCACAGACUAUAAAUAAAUGUAAAUAUAAAAUAAGUGGAUUUACUUGCAAGAAAAUCAGAUAGUAUUUUUCUUUUAAUUCUUUUCCAGCUUUAAACUGUGAAAACAAAAAAUGGGGCGGGGUGGGGGACUUAAACUUUAGCAGGGAACUUGUAAAGAAAAAAAACAGAAAACGAAUAUACAAAUCCAUUUACAAAAACAAAGCAAAACCGUUGUGAGAGGUGAGAGCUGGGCUUGAAGGUUGGAGGGAGUAGGGGAAGGUCCCAGUGAGCUGCAGGGGGUGUCUGUGAUGGAAAGGUGGCUUCCUCAGACCAGGAAGGUGCUGUGAAUGGGGGAAGACAGAAUCCAAUAAAGAAAGAGACCACCCACCCCACACGCACACAGGCACGUUCACACACACAUACACAAUCCACUUAGCCCAGCACUGCAGUCACUCACAGGGACACACUCAGUCUCAACCCUUCCAUCCCAUACACAGCCAGGGGCGUGGCUCAAAGGAAAUUGACUCAUGCCCUCCGACGCCAUGGACCACAACAACUCCGCACUGGCCUUUGUGUUCAUUCAAGCCCUCCCAACACAGCACACACUUGAACACACACAUGCACACAUACACACACACACACACACACACACACACAC